ACUAAAAUACCUCAAAGAAGAUACAAAAGUAGCAACCUUUGAUUGAUAUCUGUGUUGGCAGGUUUUAUACAAGACGACAUCUUUGGAGGUUGGAAUCAUUUGAGAUCUUUGUCUCAAUCCUUUUUCUUCUGAGCAACCCUUGUUUGAGGUUAAGCUGGAGAAUCCGUUCACCAGGGGAUUCUAGAAGUUUCUACUUCAAAGAGAACCACGCUUGGAUCAGUUUUUGUCUGAUGAUUCAGUAAUAGAGAUUUGGAAGAAAAUUUAAAUUAAAAUGGGAGAUACUAGUCCAAGAACAUCAGUCUCAACAGAUGGCGACACUGAUCAUAAUAACCUAAUGUUUGAUGAAGGGCAUUUGGGUAUCGGUGCUUCUGAUUCUAGUGACCGUUCAAAGAGUAAGAUGGAUCAAAAGACACUUCGUAGGCUCGCUCAAAACCGUGAAGCUGCAAGGAAAAGCAGAUUGAGGAAGAAGGCAUAUGUUCAGCAGCUAGAGAACAGUCGAUUGAAGCUAACACAACUUGAGCAGGAGCUGCAAAGAGCAAGGCAACAGGGUGUCUUUAUCUCAAGCUCUGGAGACCAAGCCCAUUCCACUGCUGGAGAUGGGGCAAUGGCAUUUGAUGUAGAAUACAGACGAUGGCAGGAAGAUAAAAACAGACAGAUGAAAGAGCUGAGUGCUGCUUUAGAUUCUCACGCGAGUGAUGCUGAGCUUCGGAUAAUUGUAGACGGAGUAAUAGCUCAUUAUGAGGAGCUUUACAGGAUAAAGAGCAACGCAGCUAAGAACGACGUCUUCCAUCUAUUAUCAGGGAUGUGGAAAACACCAGCUGAGAGAUGUUUCUUGUGGCUUGGAGGUUUCCGUUCAUCAGAACUGCUCAAGCUUAUAGCGAAUCAGUUGGAGCCGUUGACAGAACAACAAUCGCUAGACAUAAAUAAGUUGCAACAGUCUUCUCAACAAGCAGAAGAUGCUUUGUCUCAAGGGAUGGACAACUUACAGCAAUCACUGGCUGAUACUUUAUCGAGCGGGACUCUCGGUUCGAGUUCAUCAGGGAAUGUGGCUAGCUACAUGGGUCAGAUGGCCAUGGCAAUGGGGAAGUUAGGUACCCUUGAAGGAUUUAUCCGCCAGGCGGAUAACUUGAGGCUACAAACAUAUCAACAGAUGGUAAGAACAUUAACAACACGACAAUCGGCUCGUGCUCUCCUCGCGGUGCACAAUUAUUCAUUGCGGUUACGUGCUCUUAGCUCUUUAUGGCUUGCCAGACCAAGAGAGUGAACCAACUAUACCACUAUUCUCUCCUUCAAAGAAGGGCCACAUAACUUAAGAUUCUUAGCAUAAGAUUUGACGACUUCAGAAUUGUAUACAAGAAUAUGAUUAUAUUGUAUUGUGUUGUAAUAUCCGAGUGUUACGUAUCUUGAAAUCACCAAUUCACCAUA